AUGUAUAGUCCGACCGCAGUUGUCACCGAGGUGCACACGGACGCUAGCUCCAAAGGUUUGUCAGGCAUACUGCUGCAAGGUGAUAAACAAUCGAGUUUGAAAAUUGUGUAUCACGUGAGUGAAAGGACAACUCGACCAGAAUCAAAUUAUCACUCGAGUCAACUCGAGUCGUAUGCCAUAAUAUGGACUCUUAAUCGCCUACGCCUGUUUCUGCUCGGGAUACGUUUCACUGUCGUGACAGACUGUCAAGCUCUCACUUACCUUGACGUCAAUAAGACAACCAAGCCGCCGGGAGACAAGCGAAGAGAGUCCAGAUUCCGAUUCACCAAGCCACGGGGAGACAAGCGAAGAGGAUUCAGAUCCUACCCCAGGCGACCCGAUCCAAUGGAAUGUCCCGGAGGACACCCCAGGCAACCCAAACCAACCAAAAGGUUCAGGAAGCCUCCCACCCGUUACAAAGAUUAUAUAAUGAAUUGA